AUGCUACGAUUUAGCCGGCGAACACCCCUGCCUGCGGCGCGACGUGCGUGCUCGCUGCGGCUCCGCCGCUGCAUCAGCAGCACGUCCAGCCUGCAGACCACUAUCGACACGCAGAGCACCUGGAGCAAGCUCCAGAGCGAGGCGCGCGAGGCAAUUGCCUCGAGCGUCAAGCGCGGCUAUGGCCUGCGAGACCUGAUAGAGCAGCGAGUGCUCUCGCACGGGUCGCUCGCGGACGGGCUGAGCGCAACGAUCGGCGCCAAGCUCGAAGACGGCGCCACUGGUCUGGACUACGCCGCCAUGUGCUCCGCCGCUUACGCCGCCGAUGCCAGCAUCGUCGACGCAGCCGCAGCGGACCUCGAGCGCGCAUCCCUGUACCACGCUCUGGCCACCUGUGUCUCAUCAGCCGUCGUUGGAGAGGCGCUGACUGUGGUGCCCGACGCCGCCUUCGCAGGCUUCCUGCGGAUCUACCUCUUCUUCAAGGGGUUCCACUCGGUGCAGUGCGCCCGCGUGGCCCACUUUUGGUGGAACCAGCCCAACGGCAGCGGCCGGUGGAUCGCGCUCGCACUCCAGAGCGAGAUGUCGGACGCGUUUGGCGUCGACAUCCACCCGGCUGCCAGGUGGGGCCGAGGCAUCACUAUGGACCACGGGACCGGCUGCGUCAUCGGCGAGACGGCCGUGAUCGGCGAUAACGUCUACAUCAUGCACGACGUCACCCUCGGCGCGACGGGCGCCUCGCUCCACCACGCCCGCCGCACAGAGAUGGCCGGGAUGGGCACCUCGCUCGACCACGACCGCCACCCAAAGAUCGGGCGCGGCGCCUUCCUCGCCUGCAAGUCGACCGUCCUCGGAAACAUCCAGGUCGGCGCGGGCGCCACUGCUCUCGUCAACAAACCGGUGCCGGCCGGCUACACGGCGGUGGGGUCGCCGGCGAGAAUGCUGCCGCCCAAGCCCAACCAAACCAAGGCGGCGCCCUCUGGGGCCCCGCUGCCGCUCGACACGUCCUACGUGGUCUUUGGUCAGGGCAUGGGCAUCUGA